AUGGGACGAAGGGGACGAGAACUUACUAUUGAUGAAAAGAAGACCGUAAUAUCUCUAAUAGAAAGUGGAUUAAAAGCGGUUAAAGUGGCUGAAUUACUACAUUUGAAUUCCUCGACAAUUUGUCGAUUCUUAAAGCGAUUUCGUGAGCGGGGUGACGUUGAAAAUAAACCUCGAAGUGGACGACCCCCAUCCAUGACUGUUCGCGACCACACGGCUCUCUCUAGAAUCGUAAAAAAAGACAGAAGAAAAACUUUAACGGAAAUAACCAAUGAAUACAACAGGUCAGUGCCAAAUUCUGUAUCUAAGAGAAAUAUUCAGCGCGAGCUUCAUCGUCAGCAGUACUGGAGAAGGACUGUGGCAAAAAAAUUGGGGGUCCGUGAAGUGAACAAGAAGAAACGACUUCAGUAUUGUAGGGGAAAAUUAACUUGGAAAGUUGACCAACAAUGGAAGAAUGUUAUUUUUAGUGAUGAGAUGACCAUAGUUGUAAAACCAGAAGGUAAAGUUAAAAGUUUGGAGGAAAACGUCGGAGAAAUGGAGAGGAUAUUGCCUGGGGUAUCUUGGACAAGGGCCCUCACGCUGUUUGAAGUUAAUGGUGUGGGGGACAAUAACUUACCAUGGAGCUGGAAUACUGGCAUUUGUUGA